AUGGCCCCAUUGACCCGUCUCCGCGCCGAUGACAAACACGUCCAGCUCUCAAUGGCAACCAAGUACUACUGCCAGCGCGCCUCCGACCCUGGAACCCUAAUCAUUGCGGAAUCAUCGCUGAUCUCUCCGAGUCAUGGCGGAGUUCCCAACGCCCCAGGGAUGUAG